CAGACAGGUGACCGUUGGAUUGCUCAACAUGGAAAUCUCUGGAGACCCAAGAAAGACUGUGGCUGUGGGGUGCAAACAAACCUGGAAGUGGGCCACCAUGAGAGCCAGCAUCUUUUUGCUCCUGUGUUUCGUUGGGUUCAGCCACGAAGCCAAAGAGAAGAUCGUUAACGGCACCGAGUGCAUCCCUCACUCUCAGCCUUGGCAGGUGGGGCUGUUUGAGGGCACCCGUCUGCGCUGUGGGGGGGUCCUCAUUGACCGCAGGUGGGUUCUCACGGCUGCUCACUGCAGCGGCAGGCCCGUUCCCAGACCGACUCCAGUGCCUCAGCCUCUCCAUCGUCUCCAAUGCCACCUGCCGAGCAGUGUUCCCCGGGAGAAUCACAGACAACAUGGUGUGUGCUGGCGGCGAAGCUGGGGAGGAUGCCUGCCAGGGUGACUCCGGGGGGCCCCUGGUGUGUGGAGGGGUUCUUCAGGGUCUGGUGUCCUGGGGGUCCGUGGGGCCUUGCGGACAAGAAG